GCGAUGGUUAGUUAGUAGCGCGAAGGAGAGUCAGUGUGCUCUUGAGGGGGAUAGUCUCGGCGCUCGGAUACGGAGAGGGGAGUCUGGAUACACAUCUGGAAAGAGAGUUUGCGUUCUCUUAAGUGCUCAUCAUGCCGGUUUUUCACACGAAGACGAUAGAGAGUAUCCUGGAGCCGGUGGCCCAGCAGAUCUCUCAUCUGGUCAUCAUGCAUGAGGAGGGAGAGGUGGACGGGAAAGCCAUCCCGGAUCUCACCGCUCCUGUGGCCGCUGUGCAGGCAGCUGUCAGCAACCUGGUCCGGGUGGGCAAAGAGACGGUUCAGACCACCGAGGAUGCCAUCAUGAGGAGAGACAUGCCGCCUGCCUUUAUAAAGGUUGAGAACGCGUGCACUAAACUGGUUCAGGCGGCUCAGAUGCUGAAGUCCGACCCGUAUUCUGUCCAAGCCAGAGAUUAUCUGAUCGACGGGUCCCGCGGGAUCCUGUCCGGAACAUCCGACCUGCUUCUGACAUUCGAUGAGGCCGAGGUUCGUAAGAUCAUCCGUGUGUGUAAAGGGAUUCUGGAGUAUCUGACCGUGGCUGAGGUGGUGGAGUCCAUGGAGGACCUGAUCACUUACACCAAGAACCUGGGACCAGGUAUGACGAAGAUGGCCAAGAUGAUUGACGAGCGGCAGCAGGAAUUAACUCAUCAGGAGCACAGAGUCAUGCUGGUCAACUCCAUGAACACCGUCAAAGAGCUGCUGCCCGUUCUCAUCUCAGGCAUCAAGAUCUUCGUAACGACCAGGACGUCUCAGGGUAAAGGUGUGGAGGAGGCCCUGAAGAACAGGAACUUCACCGUGGAGAAGAUGAGCGCAGAAAUCAUUGAAAUCAUCCGCGUGCUGCAGCUCACGUCGUGGGACGAGGACGCCUGGGCCAGUAAGGACACAGAGGCUAUGAAGAGAGCGCUGGCUCUGAUCGACUCCAAAAUGGCCCAAGCCAAGAACUGGCUCCGAGACCCACACGCCCAGCCAGGUGACCCGGGCGAACAGGCCAUCCGUCAGAUUCUGGAUGAAGCGGGUAAAGUUGGCGAGCUCUGCGCUGGGAAAGAGAGACGAGACAUCGUGGGAACGGCCAAAACACUUGGACAACUUACUGAGCAGGUGUCCGAGCUGCGGGCCAGGGGUCAGGGAGCGAGUCCGGUGGCCAUGCAGAAAGCGCAGCAGGUGUCUCAGGGUCUGGACGUCCUGACGGGGAAAGUGGAAAAUGCGGCGCGUAAACUGGAGGCCAUGACCGGCUCCAAACAAGCCAUCGCCAAGAGGAUCGACGCCGCUCAGAGCUGGCUGGCGGAUCCUCACGGCGGUCCGGAGGGAGAGGAGAACAUCAGGGCUCUUCUGGGAGAAUCCAGGAAGAUCGCGGAUCUCUGCGAAGAUCCCAAGGAGCGAGAGGACAUCCUGCGCAGCAUGGGCGAGAUCGCCGGCCUCACCGCCAAACUCUCCGAGCUCAAGAGAGCAGGUAAGGGCGACACUCCUGAGGCUCGAGCGCUAGCGAAGCAGAUCGCCACAUCUCUGCAGAACCUCCAGUCCAAAACCAGCAAAGCGGUGGCCAACACUCGUCCGGCCAAAGCGGCCGUUCACCUGGAGGGGAAGAUGGAGCAGGCGCAGAGAUGGAUCGACAACCCCUCGCUGGAGGACAGCGGCGUCGGUCAGGCUGCGAUCCGUGGGCUGCUGGCCGAGGGCCGGCGUCUGGCCAAUGCUCUGCCGGCGUCGCAGAGGCAGGAUCUGCUGGGUAAGUGUGAGGAGGUGGAGCACCUGAUGGGGCAGUUAGCCGAGCUGGCGGCCCGCGGGGAGGGAGAUGGUCCUCAGGCCCGUGCCAUCGCUCAGCACCUACAGGACACACUCAAGGAGCUGAAGGGUAAGAUGCAGGAAGCCAUGACUCAGGAGGUGUCUGAUAUCUUCAGUGACACGACUACGCCGGUCAAACUGCUGGCGGUGGCAGCCACGGCUCCUCCAGACACGCCCAACAGAGAGAAGGUGUUCGAGGAGCGGGCUGCAAACUUUGAGAAUCACGCGGGUCGUCUGGGAGCCACGGCGGAGAAAGCGGCCGCAGUCGGCACGGCCAACAAGAGCACGGUGGAGGGAAUCCAGACGGCCGUCAAAUCAGCCCGAGAUCUGACGCCUCAGGUCGUCUCUGCAGCUCGGAUCCUCCUGAAGAAUCCUGGAAACCAGGCGGCUUACGAACACUUUGAGACCAUGAAGAAUCAGUGGAUCGACAAUGUCGAGAAAAUGACGGGUCUGGUGGAUGAAGCGAUCGACACCAAGUCUCUGCUGGAUGCAUCAGAAGAAGCCAUUAAGAAAGAUCUGGACAAGUGUCAGGUAGCUAUGGCCAAUCACCAGCCUCAGAUGCUGGUCGCCGGGGCAACCAGCAUCGCCCGGCGAGCCAAUCGGAUCCUGCUGGUGGCGAAGCGAGAGGUGGAGAACUCAGAGGACCCCAAGUUCAGAGAGACCGUGAAAGCGGCGUCUGAUGAGCUCAGCAGAACCAUCUCACCGAUGGUCAUGGAUGCCAAAGCCGUGGCCGCCAACAUACAGGACCAAGGUGAGACACACAGAAAGACGUUAGCUGCAUAGCAACACCCUAGCAACCAUCCACAGUACCCAGCAUACCCCUUUAAACACCCAAUACUGCUUCUCCUUCAGAUCAGCGACACCGCCGCUCCUCCCAAACCGCCCCUGCCGGAGGGUGAGGUGCCUCCUCCCAGACCUCCGCCGCCGGAGGAGAAGGACGAAGAGUUCCCGGAGCAGCAGGCCGGAGAGAUGGUCAGCGAGCCCAUGAUGGUGGCCGCGAGGCAGCUGCACGACGAGGCCCGCAAGUGGUCCAGCAAGGGUAAUGACAUCAUCGGAGCCGCCAAGCGCAUGGCUCUGCUGAUGGCCGAGAUGUCUCGACUGGUCCGGGGCGUCACUGGGAAUAAGAGGGCGCUCAUCCAGUGCGCCAAAGACAUCGCCAAAGCCUCAGACGAGGUCACGCGCCUCGCCAAAGAGGUCGCCAAGCAGUGCACAGACAAACGCAUACGAACCAACUUACUGCAGGUGUGUGAGAGGAUUCCCACCAUCAGCACACAGCUGAAGAUCCUCUCCACGGUCAAGGCCACCAUGUUGGGACGCACCAACAUCAGCGAGGAGGAAUCCGAGCAGGCCACAGAGAUGCUGGUCCAUAACGCUCAGAACCUGAUGCAGUCGGUGAAGGAGACGGUGAGAGAAGCCGAGGCCGCCUCCAUCAAGAUCCGCAUGGACGCCGGGUUCACCCUGCGCUGGGUCCGCAAGACGCCCUGGUACCAGUGAGGCAGGAGCCGGCGCGAUAUCCCAGCAUGCACUGGGGGACGCUUUGCAGUCCAGGUCCUAAAUGUCAACGCAGACGUGUCGUUCACAUCUGGACUCAACUAUUCCGUAUCAAAACUGUUGUUCUUGAAUGUCGAUGAGUGUCAAAGAAGGGACGUAAACUUGCUUGAUUGCUUUUCUAAUGAUUUAUUUUGUUUUGAUGAAUCCCAGUUUAAUAUUUUUUUAAAGGGGAAAGUGCUGUUUUUUCAGAAAGGUCAUAUCUUAAUUUUUUUUUUUUUUACAGAAACUGAAGCUGUUCUUUUUAUAUAUAUA